UGCACUGGUUCAUAGGCAGACAUAAUAGAAACAUAACCUACUGUAACAGUGCAUCUUUAAAAAUUCUUCUCCUAAGUUACUACCCAUAUACAUACAGACUACACUAUAAAUAAAUGUCACUCAUUCCGUGUAAACCAAUUUUUGGAUUCUUCAUGCUUUUUUGUUUGGCUAGAAAUAUUAGCGCGCAAACUUAUAGAAAUAUGAGUACUUUUGCAGGUAUUAAUUCUGUGGUUUAUGUUACCGUUCCAACGCAAGAACUUGCUAAAAAAUUAGCACAUGGUUUGGUGCAAAGUAAACUGGCCGCAUGUGUUAAUAUUAUACCCGAAAUUAAAUCUAUAUAUGAGUGGAAGAAUGAAAUAAAUGAAGACAGUGAAUUACUAAUGGUAUGGAUGUAUAAAAUGAUAAAAACAAGAACUGAUACUGUGGAUGCUUUAACCAGAUAUGUUAAGGCUAAUCAUCCGUAUGAAGUCUGCGAGGUAAUUUCUUUACCAAUACAAAAUGGAAAUGAAGAUUAUCUUCAAUGGGUCAGUAAUAUAAAAGAUAAGAAAAGUUCUACAAAUUAAUUGACAAUAGCUAAAAAGUUAAAAUAAGUCUCUUAUCUCCAAAUAAACCGGCAUCAAAUGUUUCACUGUCACUAUCAAUUUUACUCUGUAAAAGAAUAUAUAUUAUUUUAACAAAAGG